AGUUGACUUCGGCUGUGUGUUGAUGAUUAGCAUUAGCAAUAUUCGGGAGAAACCUCGGGAACCGACUGUGCAUCACGACGGGCGCUGUUCACCGCUUUCUCACAAAAAGGAUCAUUCGAUGUCGUUUGAACGUUGUGCACGUGGCUGUACGACAACGAUCUGCAACUCGCCGGCGCAUUUCGCUUUUUGACUCCACACGCCCACCGAAUCGCGGCUUUCGCAAUGCAAAGCAAUUGAAUGAUGUUUUGCGACAAGUCGAGCCUCGCCGUCAAAUUGCCGUCGUUUCCUUCGUGGUCUUGGGCGUUUGACAACGGCUCGGCAAGAACAAAGUAUGUUUGCUCGCCAAAACGCCGCGUGCAACGUCACUCAAGUCAUUCAAGCCGAGGGCAGGCACGGAUGGCAACAGGUGGAUGCAUAGCUGAGUUGUCUGGCGGAAAAAGCGGCUCAUUGUUCUUCCUGUCACCGAAUAUCGCUGCACUCUGGAGUUUCGAACUUCAGUAAUAUGUUCCAAGUUGCUCUAUGGAAGAUUCCCUCGACCCCCCCCCCCCCCAGCGGGGGCAAUGAAUAUUCAACUGAGGAUGUGCAUCUGACUCCCUCCUUGCGAGGAGGGCACUCUCACAGGUUUCCCCUCGCGCGUCCGGACAUCUGCGAUAAAUGGGUGGCGGCGAUGAGGAGGAACAAUUUCAAGCCCACAAAGUACAGCAAUAUUUGCUCACAGCACUUCGCCAAAGACUGCUUCAAGAGAGAAUGCAACAACCGCGUGCUGAAGGACAACGCCGUGCCGUCGCUCUUUGACUUCAAUCUCGACAUCAAGCAGGAGUGUCCGGAGGAUCCCUUCCCCUCCGAGAUCCACUUCCCCCUUUCCUUUCCUCUGACCUCCGACCAUGUCACGGAGGAGGUGGAGUCCGAGCCCGCGAGGAGCGCGCCUGACGCCGCCGGCGACACGGCGGCGGUCUCCUGUGACCAUAACUACACAGCGGAGGACUCCGCGCGGCAGAAGAAGCGCAUCCAGCAGCUGGAGGAGCAGCUGGAGCUCCUCAGGAAGAAGCUGAAAACAACCCAACAGAAGUGUCGGCGUCAGGAGAGGCAGCUCAAGAGCCUGAGGGUCUCCUGCAAGACAGUCCGGACAGCGCGCGACGCACCGACCGCUUUCGACGAGGGUUAUGUCAUUCUACCAAAACAUAUCUACCACACGCUCCAAGGCAUCGAGUAGAAGGACGGAACUGAGAAGGUGACACGAAUACGCCGCUGAUGUUUGAACAGUAGGCGGAGCUGUUGCGCCGAGCAGCGACACCGCGCCGCCGGCCGUAAAUGGAGCGGGUCGUUGUCGUGGCGUGGUUCAAGCCCGAGACGGCCGGAGCGGUUUGCUCACGGAGAUGCGUGCUGAGAACGAGAGGUGCACAAGUCUCGUUGAAAGUUCCCCGAGCUCGACGAUUGCGUUGAAGGGUGCCAUCGUUUUCGUCCGGGCCUGUUUCAUGAGUUUGUUUUUCAAUAAUUCUGUUGAACCGCAAUUUACAAGCAACGUCUGAGUUUCAUUGGUAUUUAUUACUUCUUUUGUCAGCUUCAAGUUAGUUGUGUGACUCGUGUGGGGUUUCCUUUCAUUCCCCAACCAUUUUGUCCACGCGUGUGCAUACGAAUGCGUUAGUCUGCGGCUGGCUUGCGCCCAGUCUGUCACCGCUCUCGCUCAGCCGGGAUGGCCUUCAGCUUAGGAGGUCAGGCGCUUUAGAAAAACAGAUGGAUGGGGAUUGGUGGUUUCAUUUCGUUGUCCAUCCGUUGCGUCUCGUUUCUCUCCUUGCGUUGGAAGAAAAGACGAUAUUGAAAAGAUUGCUCUCGUAUGUUCGUGUCAGCACAAACGGCCUUCUGUUCAUACAGGUAACUUUUUUAAUAUGCUGUAUAAAUGAAACAAAAGAGGACUCUGCAUCUUUUGCACAAUUGUCAAAAAAAUGAAGAAAUAAAUUGUACUGGCGUUACCAGACAA